UGUGUUUAGCAGUAGUAUUAACAUGAGACAGUGAUGGUGGGUUGUGUUUAGGAGUAGUAUUAACAUGAGACACAGUGAUGGUGGGUUGUGUUUAGGAGUAGUAUUAACAUGAGACACAGUGAUUGCUGGUUUUGUUUAGCAGUAGUAUUAACAUGAGACACAGUGAUGGUGAGUUGUGUUUAGGAGUAGUAUUAACAUGAUACACAGUGAUGGCUGGUUUUGUUUAGCAGUAGUAUUAACAUGAAACACAAGGCCGGCCUGCAUAGGAUUAGGCCUAUGUCGGCAGAUUGACGAGGGCAGCAUUUUCUGAGCUAAACUGACCAAGACCCACCUCCAACAACACAGAAAACCUCACAUAAUUCUGCCUAAAAACAAUGACAAUUUCUCUCAACCAGUGUGGUUUUUAGGUGAGCACUGAUUCCACCCUGUGAUAAGCAGUAACCACUUUGUCAAUGGCAGGGAUGCACAAUAUGUAUCUUGUCCGUUCCCAGCGCUCCUCUCCAGGGUGCUGUUGGAGAGACGCAUCACUGCUGAGCUCCACCAACAUUCUGUAAAAAAAGAAAGAAAGAGUAUGUGGCCUUUUCCGGAAACUUUUUAUAUCAGGUUUCUCCGAUCAAAUAGGCUUACCUAAAUGGCGCCCAGUCACUUUAAAAAUGUGCUGACACUUAACAAACAACAUAUUCUAAAAACAGGACAGGUCAAAGUAAAAUAGACAAUAUGGUAAGGACAACCAGGCUAGUCACUGCUGUCCAGGAGGUUCAUCCAUGGGCUAAAUUGUCAUGAUCAGUGGUUUUAAGUUUGUAUCCUUCAAUUUUUUACUAAGCUGAUCAUAGCGAAUAUUAAAUAUUUCUGCAUUUGUUGCUGUGUAAACACAUUGCAAAUAGCCUCAGGAUAACUCCUCCUGAUAAAGUUGGGUAGCUGAUUUUCAGAGCUUAAUUAGCCAAAUUGAUUAUCACAGGAAUCAGGACUAAUUAAGUUGAUGCAACGGCCUGUUUUACAAACGGUGGACCUACCAAAUGGAUGGGCAUUCAUAAAAUUCAAUUGUGCCCGGCAUCUUUGGACAUCUUUGGUCAUGUCCGAACUGGCAGUCUUUUUGGUUUUUUUACAAAUGCUAGGCCUACAACAUAGAUGGGCAUUCCUAAAAUUCUAUUUCAGACAACACUGUAGGCUAUACCUCAGUAAGCACCGUCCAACACUGACACCUUUUGGAUGUCUUUUUUUGGUCCUGUCUGGACUGGAUGUUUUUUUGGUGCAUUCCGGACCGGCCCUGAUUUCCACAUUCACGGACGUUGGUUUUUGGUCUGGUCCGGACCAAAUCUGAACCAAUCAUAGACGUCUGUGUUUGGUUCAGAUUUUGCCCUGUCUGGACAAGCUUUCAUUUGGCCCAAACAAAGACGUCUAUAAAUCAUGUCUUUUCAUCUUUCAUUCAGAACCUAAAGUGAACCUAACUUCAACGUCUGGAAAAACAAGUAUUUUAAAACCACGACCUAGAGAGGUAACACCGGCCAUCAACUUAACACUUUACAACUAAGCACGCUGAAAAUAAACAAGACUUCUACAGAGCAGCACACACUGUGCACCAACUGACAGCUCCACACAGAGAGCAGGAAUAACUUUAUUUCCUCCUUCCUGACUGCCAAUGUGCUCUUAAAGUGGCAGCGCACGGUGAAGGCUCUGUGUAGGAAUUCGCCACAACAUUAAACUAUAUAUGGAUAACAGGCUACAUUAGACUAUAUAUAGAUAACAGGCUACAUUAGACUAUAUAUGGAUAACAGGCUACAUUAGAUUAUAUAUGGAUAACAGGCUACAUUAGACUAUAUAUAGAUAACAGGCUACAUUAGACUAUAUAUGGAUAACAGGCUACAUUAGACUAUAUAUGGAUAACAGGCUACAUUAGACUAUAUAUGGAUAACAGGCUACAUUAGACUAUAUAUAGAUAACAGGCUACAUUAGACUAUAUAUGGAUAACAGGCUACAUUAGACUAUAUAUGGAUAACAGGCUACAUUAAACUAUAUAUGGAUAACAGGCUACAUUAGACUAUACAGUAUAUGGACAGCAGCAGACAAUACAGCAGGCUAUGGUGAUGAUGAUACUGAUUCCUCUGCUAACUAAUGCUACUACCAGAACUGUACACAAGGGUCAACAGUGUAACAUAAUAUGAUAGUGGCAUGUUGUAUUACUACAGACAUCAGUGUUUGUGUGAUUAAAUGUGACUUUGUCAAGUAGCCAGUGUUGUGUUUCACCAUUCUAUCUGAUGUAUUGUCAGUUUGUAAUGUUGUUAUUAGCCCAACAUUAUUGAUGACAUUAUUAUUAGGAGGCUGCAGUAAUGUUGAGAUGCCAGUAGGGAGAUCUCUAGUCUAGAACACUGGAACCUUCAGUACCACUUUGAUACAGCUGAUGAGGAGUGUAAAUUGAAUGGGUUUGUAGAAUAGAAUGAAUGACAUCAUGGAACUGAUCAAAUGUAAAUGGAACUUUGACCUGUUCCAUGUAGAACUCAGAGGGACAAGGCAACACAUUCUAAGAUAUUAUAAACAUUCUAUAUAGAAUAGUCAACAUAUUAAAAUGGUUCUGUAUUGAAUAAAUUGUGGAUAUGGGGGACAUUCUGUCCAUUUUAGAAAUGUAGGGUCCACUCUAAUACAGUAACACCUCUUUCUGACAUGCUGUUCUGGUCCUCAUGCAUGUUAAUGACAUAAAGAGGAAGGAAAGGACAGUUCUGUAUCUUCUACUUGUGUUCUGACUACUAUAAAUAUGUAUCAACUACAGAACUGACACUUACUAGCAGUUCCCACUCACUACCAGUCAGUUGACUCACUGUACAAGACCUCUCCCCUUCAGUCUACUGCAGGGUGGGAGAUGCAACAAUGGCCUUGAGAACAGCAGGAAGUGUGUUGGUGGUCUUUCUCUGGUCUGUAGCAGUGGUACUGGGUCAGAAUGGCUGGAGUGUGACUUACACCACUCAGAGUAUCUGUUCCUUGAAGAGGUCAACAGUGGAUCUGUCCUGCUCUUACGCAUAUCCCAGAGGUCAUAAAGUCACAACAACCUUCUGGUUCACUAAAAUUGAUGCUUUGGAAAAUUAUGUAAAUCUGAGAGAUGACCCAGACUACAAAGGUCAUGUGACGUACCGUAGCGAUAAGAAUAAAGACUGCACCCUGAAAAUCACAGACCUGAGAUUGAGUUACUCAGCUGAGUACAAGUUCCGAUUCAUAACAGAUCAGGAAGGAGGGAAAUAUUCUGGCUAUCCUGGAGUCACUCUGUCUGUUACAGACCUGCAGGUGAAGGUGACCACUACAUGGUGGUCAACGACACUGACCUGUAGCACCACCUGUACUCUGACUGGUAACCCCACCUACAUCUGGUACAGGAACAGUAAGAUUGUACAAGCGGCCUCCUCCCCCUCGUACUCAGUCUACUUCAAAACUGAAGACAGUUUCUACUGUGCUGUAAAAGGCAUCAAUUCUCCUGCAGUGUCUGUUGGGGGUCACAGUUAUUUCCACGUGACUUACACCCAUCAGAGGAUCUGUACCUUGAAGGGGUCAUCAGUGAACAUAUCCUGCUCUUAUACAUAUCCCAGUGGUCAUACAGUCUCUGAAACAAACUGGUAUAUAAAAGGAAAACUUCAUGAGGCGCCUCAAAUCCUGAGCCCGGGUUAUGGAGGUCGUGUGGAGUACCUUGGAAAAAUGCAGAGUGACUCCACCCUGAGAAUCACAGACCUGAGAGAGGAGGAUUCAGCUGAGUAUAAGAUUAGAUUCAGAACAGAUCAGACAAACUGGGAGCCCACCUUCCCUGGAACAACUCUGACUGUCACAGGUCUUCAAGUGAAGGUGACUCCUGCCACUGUGACAGAGGGACAGAAGGUGAUACUGACCUGUAGCACCACCUGUACUCUGACUGACAACCCCAACCCCACCUACAUCUGGUACAAGAAUGGACAUGUAACCACCCAAUCUAACAGUCUGUUCCUAAACCCAGUCAGCAGUGAGGAUGCAGGCAGAUACUCCUGUGCUGUAGAAGGCCAUAAGGAUCUCUACUCUCCUGAAGAGACUCUCACUGUCACAU